CGGGUCAAGCCGCGGGAGGAGGCAGUUCCUGCGCAGAGAACCGAACCGGCCCACGUGAGUCAGGCCGCCCCGCCCAGCCACGCAGACGCCGGUGGACCCUGCAGUCAGGCCAGGCUGGGCGAGCGGUGCGGAGACCACACAGCCACAGCGACGCUACGACGCGUGCACGCACAGGCCGAGGAACCCGCGCUCCCCCGCUGCGAGGAACCGUAGGCAGUGUUGCAGGAGCCGGAGCCUCGAGGCCACCAGAUGUUCGCUGCCAUCCAGCCAGGGCUUGCAGAGGGGGCCCAGUUCCUGGGGGGCCUGCCUCCUGGAAUAUGUCAACCAGAGCUCCAACCAGACAAUAAUUCCAACUUUGUGGACAGUGCUAAGGAUGCCAAUAAGAACUGGCAUGGUGUGCCAGGCAAAGUGGAACCCCUCCUGAGGAGUUCCUCUGAGUCACCCUCUGACAACCAGGUCUUCCAAGCCACUGGGCUCCUCGAGGCGGGAGUCCGAAGCCCCCCGGAGGGUGCAGAGAUCUGUGGUGCUGAGCCUGAGAAGUCGAGUGGUGCCAGCAAUGUCUGCUCUCCUCUGGAGGACAUUGGCUAUGCCAGCAGUUCCUUGAGCAUCGACAGCCUUAGCAGCAGUCCAGAGCCUAUCUGUGAGACUCCUCGAGGCCCGAGCCCUCUGGAUCCCCUUCUGCCCUCUGUGGCCCGGGCUGUGCAGCAGCUGCAGGCUCAGGAGCGCUACAAAGAGCAGGAGAAGGAGAAGCACCAUGUACACUUGGUGAUGUACCGUCGCUUGGCACUGCUUCAGUGGAUCCGGGCUCUCCAGCACCAGCUGGUUGACCAGCAGGCCCGACUGCAAGAGAGCUUUGACACCAUCCUAGACAACCGAAAGGAACUUAUCCGCUGUCUCCAACAGAGGGAAGCACCUUGCAGGCACCAGGACCAUUGCUAAGGCUGUGCACAAGUGUGUGUAUUUGCAGGCCGGUGUGUGGUUAUGCACAAGUAAGUAUGUAUUAGUUGGCAUGAGUGCAAGUAAACAUAAGUAUGUAUGUGCUAACAUGUAGGCAUAUGUGGAUGAAGUUAUAUGUGUUAUGUGUAGCAUGUAUGUUUAUGUAUGCAUGUGUGGCUAGGUGCCUAGGAAUAUGUAUAUAUUCCCCAAAUAAGAUAUACAUGCAAAAGAGUUGUAUGCAUAUGUAUCAGUUAAAUAUAUAGGCUUAUAUUGGGUGUGAAUGAACCUUUGUGUGUUGAGAUUUAUAUGUGCCAGUGCUGGCAUAAGAAGCAUAUGUUAGGAACAUGUGUAUUUGCAGAGAGACGUAAGAUCAGAUGUGUGCAAAUAUCUGUUGAAUUGUACCUGAAGGACAUCCACCCAUCCCCUAUGUUUCCAAAGUCUACCCCAGCCUUAUUCUUUCCUGGAGUUUCCUAGGCUACCUUCUAUCCCUUCACCUCACUUAACCUUGCUCUGUCUGCUAAGAUCGCUGUCUCUAAUGUUGGCUUUUGGUAAGAGCUUUUUUUAUUUGGGGGUAGUUGCUUUUUGUUUUGCUUAUUGCAGUACAAGGGAUUGAGUCCAGAGCCUUGUGUAUGCUAGGCAAAUAUCUUACCACCGAGCUGCACCCCUAGCCCCUGUUAAGAGGCUUUAUUGGCUGCUCUAGCCUUCCUUUGCACACUUGCUGCUGUUUGGUGGGGGCAGUUGGUGGAAAAUGGGUACCAGGGAGGGAACUGGCAGGCAUGGAGGAAGGGAUAAGGAAAGAUAUAAGGAACUGUCUUCAAGGGAUGUGGUGGCGUACACCUUUAAUUCCAGCACUCAGGAGGCAGAGGCGGGAAGAUCUCUGUGAGUUCCAAGCCAGCCUGGUCUGCAGAUCAAGUUACAGCCAGGGCUGUGCAGAAAAAUCCUGUCUCAAAAAAAAACAAAAAAGAAAAAGAAACUAUCCUCUUGACCCCUCUUUGGCUCCAUGGGAGGUGGGGGGUGGGAGAGAAUGAAGAUGGUAGAUCUCUCUGAAGAACAGAAGAAUGGAAUUCCAGAGCACACCACAUUAUCCCACUGUGAGGAGAGGCUGAACACCAUGUUAAUUUAAGUUUCUGCUGAAGGGUACUGUGUGUAUGUAAACAUGCAGGUAUAGACCAGAGGCACCAAGGCUGUCAGGGCGCUGGGAGGAAAAUUCCCUUCUCUUCACCUCCCCCUUACUGCCUACCUCACUUUAGCAACAAUGAAUGUCCAAUUGUUUUGGUUCAUUUUUUCUGAAAUCUGACUGUCCAGAGGAGCCAGAGCUCAGUUUUCCAAGCAGGCAGAGGGCAGUGUCAGCCCAGCCUCCUGAAGCUCUUGGAAUGGUUGGCUAUACUUUUUUUCUGCAUUACCCCUUUGAACAGGGAUGGACAGGCCCCAGCAGAGGCUUCAAGCCUUGGAGAUGAAUGCAUAUUGGGUCAACCAAUAAUUAAGGUAGUAGAGGCUUUUGUUUUGUUUCUGGGUGCCAAGAGAAUGCAGGGUCCUAGUGGGUGAGCGAUGACAUGAAGAGGGGAAUGGUGGCAGAGACACAGAAAGCACAGAUGGUGCCUCUGGCCCUCAGUCUCCCCACCUGCAAAGUGGGGGCCCUUCCACUCUAUCUCCAAAGAGUUUCAUCCUCAAUGGGUUGGUGGGUGAAAUGUGGGCCCGGGGGACUUCUAUAGUUCUUGCAUGUUGAAUGUGAACCUGGCCUCUGGACCAAUCCUGGAUAAAUAAACUAAGGCAGAAAAUUAAAUUGAG